CAAAACUACUUCGUUUUCCUUUCCCCAUUUCCCUAAACGCCCGUUUUUUUUUCUAGAGGGACAGAACCCUACCUCCCCUUUUAGAACCUUAGCAGCCGUUCCUUAGUUCCCCUCGCUCUGAGGAAGACCCAACCUUAGCCGCCACCUCUCCUUCUUCACUUUCUUUCCCCACUCACAUUUUUAAACACACACACAUUUAGAGAACGGAGAAGCACAUUUCGCUAGCAUUUGGUGUCGAUUUUUCUAGUUUUGCUGAAGAAACCGUGUUGCUGUUGUCCUCUGCUGGAAGCUUGAAUUUCGGCUUCUAUUUCCAGACCUUGCUUGGUCUUUUAGUGCAGUUUUACCGCUUUUAGUAAAUGGGUGAAGAAGAAUUGGAGGUUGAAAAAACAAGUCCAGCAUGUGCAGACGAUCAGAGGGAAGAUGAAGCUAAAACAGAAGUACGAAAAGUUAAAAAGAAGAAAAAGUCACUUAAAGAAGCUGUGAAGGGUGAAAAAUGUGGAGUUUGUCACGUGCGUAGAGUACCGCCUCGUAUGGACCACGUGAAACUUCGUCAGGUUCUUUCUCAGUUUGGAGAAAUUCAGAGGAUUUAUCUUGUACCUGAAGCUGCUGCUGCUCAAAUGAAUCGGAAACGGGCAGGUGGAUUCCGAGGGCAAGCAUUUUCAGAAGGGUGGGUUGAAUUUAUGAAAAAGAGUGUUGCCAAGGGGGUUGCAAAUAUGUUAAAUGGUCAACAAAUAGGUGGAAGGAAGAGAUCAGCAUUCUAUUAUGACAUUUGGAAUAUCAAGUACUUGUCUAAAAUCAAAUGGGAUGAUAUUACUGAUGAAAUUGCAAAAAGGCAUGCAGUUCAUGAGCAGAAACUAGCUUUGGAGCUUUCUGCUGCUACAAGGGAGCGUGAUUUCUACCUUACACAAGUUGAUAAGUCCCGUGCUUUAAGUUCUAUUGAAGAACGAAUAAAGAAGAGGCAAAAGGUCCAACAAGAAUCUGGGGAAAUUUCUAAUCUCCCAAGUGAACAGUUUGAGCCAAAGGUGAUACGGCAGUUUCCACAGAAAAAACCUGUGGCAGAUGAAGCUGGGAAAAUCAAGCCAAGGCUGUCUAAGGACAUUUUGGCCGGAGUAUUUGGUGGUCAAUGAUUAGAGCGAUAGCGUGCAAACAGAUUCAGAAAGUUUCGCUAAUUUUUUCGAGGGCACAUUAAUCUCACCUAGGCUGUUAUUAGAUGUUGGAAGGAUAGUUGAACCUAGAACAGAAUUUUGUCUUUAUGUGCGGUUAAUUUUAGAUGACAUAUUAAAUAUAUUUGUUGUUUAUAUAUGUAGAACCACUCAUCUAAUUAAAAUCAAUUCUUGUAUUUCUCAUGGAUCAUUUCGUGUAAGAAUCAUUACAGUUAGCUCUAACUGGUAACAACUGAUUCGAUGUGUUGUCUGAGAGAGAAGUAUUUGGUUCA